CCUUUUCCGGGGGAAGAAAAACUGGUGGCGAGGCCGGAAGCGCUGUGUCCCUCGGGUUCGAGACUAUGGCGCCGUUUACGGCAGAGCGAGCAUCCUGAUACCAUCGGAGCCGCUAGGUUCUUCACCUGGGCUCCGGCCCAAACUGGAGAAAACCUACAAAGUUCUAGCGGCCUAGAGAAGUGCGCUGAGGAUCGCGAAGCAGACGGCGUCCGCCGAAACGCCGAGCCUCUGCGGUCUUCCGGAAGCCCCGCCCAGCCUUUGUGGUCCACAGUUAGUCCCGCCCCUGGGCGGGUUCAGAACGCCUCUCGCAGGAAGGAACCGAAGUCCCGCCCCCGCGGCGGAGCGCCCGCCAUGGCUGAGUCCCCGGGGGCCGCCGUGGCCGGCCUGCGCUUGGCUGCGGCUGCCAGCUGGAGGGCCGUGCGCGGACGCCACGUGGAGUCCUUCCCGCGAGUGUUGGAGUUCCUGCGGGCCCUGCGCGCUGCUGCUCCCGGCUUGGUUCGCUACCGCCACCACGAGCGCCUGUGUAUUGGCCUGAAGGCCAAGGUGGUGGUGGAGCUGAUCCUCCAGGGCCGGCGUUGGGCCCACGUUCUGAAUGCCUUGUAUCUCCACUUUCCACUGUCUGGACCUGCUGUCGUGCGGGACCCCAAAGCGACAGAGCAUGAUCUGAAGAUCAUCUCCGAGGCACAGGAAGCCUUUCACCAGCAGGUGAAGCUGCUGGCACAGGCCCCUGAAGAUUUGGAUUGGAAGUUGCUGGAGCUUGAACAAGAGUACGGGGAGCCCUUCCUGGCUGCUAUGGAAAAGCUGUUCUUUGAAUAUUUGUGUCGGCUGGAAAAAGCACUGCCUACCCCCCAGACACAGCAGCUUCAGGAUGUGCUGAGCCGGAUGCAGCCUGGGAUGUCUAUCACGACUUCCUUUGCUUUGAGCCAAUAUAGUGUGGACAUGGGAUGGCCACUUCCAGAGUGCUCUGUUACUCAUUCAGUGAACAUGUCAGAGCCCAUGGAGCCCAGUCCUACUCAGCAGCCAAGACCAGCACUCCGUCAACCUGUGCCACAAAGCAACCCUGGCCCACACCUUCCUCCAGGACCAGUCUCAACAAAGCAACCAGAACCUCUGGCUGGCCACCACUUCAACCUGGCCCCUCUGGGCCAACGAAGAACCCAGGCCCAGUGGGCAUCCAGGAGGGAAAGAACAAGGGACACGCAUAGCAGUUCCAGCAGGUGGUGGGGGCACGAAAGCAGCCUCCACUGGGAAGUCAAGGAGUCUUUCCCAGACCCUGGGUGGAAGGACUGUGAAGGAGAACCCAGGUGCCGUGUCCGCCUCGGAGCAGAAGUGUGUCCUCCAUCUCUGUGCAGCCCUGUCAUGACCAUAGGGGACUUGGUUUUGGACUCUGAGGAGGAAGAAAAUGGCCAGCGUGGAGGAAUGGAACCUCUGGGAAACUGAGAAGACAACGUUUGACACCCUAUUUCCCACCUUCUGUGAAUACCUCCCCUGUUAUCCAAGUGCUGAGUUUGCCCCUUCCCAUGACCAUAUAGAUCCUCUGAUCGGACCAAAAUGCCAUCUCAUCCUGCCUGUCUCCUGUCUCCUCACUUCUGCAGGCCAUGUAGUGAGGAUAAAGUGGAAACCCAUUCUUGGUCUGCUUGACUCCAUGUCCCAAAUUACUUUGUGGUGCUUGAUCAUUAAACUUUGUAUUUGUUAAAA